AGUAAAUCAUUCAAAACCUCCGAGUCGGUGACUCAGUCUGUAUGAGCAAAAGAAAACCACGAAGCCAAAGCUUUAAGCUUCAAUGAUGAAUGCCAAGUAAGAUUUCUCUUUCCAAUUGCUCGAUUCUCUUUAAUUUGAACUACAUGAAGGCGUUGUUGCAAUGAGUCUGAAUCUUCCAUGUGUAUGUGGCUUUCGUCCAUUAGACUGGGUUUUCCCAGAAAACGCAUUCAACCCACACAAAACAAUCGCAAUCAUUUGAUGUUCAUCUAUGGUGGUGCUAGUGUUGGUGGUUUCAAGUGGGCGUCUUCCCAAACGGCUCUUUCUCACUGGAACUCCUGGUCAUCCCCUUCUGAUGAAUCUGAUGACAAUUAUGUUACUGUUUGCACCACAAACACCAACUCCAAUAACUCCGAUGCAACCCAUUUCUUCUCUCAAUUAGAUACCUUUGGGGUUGUUAGCAACCUCAACAGUCUAAGAAACGAACCCAAUUUGGCAUUUUCCUUCUUCCACCAGUUGAAGGGAGAUGGCUUCCAACACGAUGUCUUCACCUAUUCCGCGCUUAUUAGAAUUUUAUGCUCGUGGGGUUUGUAUAGGAAGCUGGAUAUUCUCUUCUUGGACCUUAUUAGGAGCUCUAAAGACCUUGGAUUUCAGUUUUCGGAUUUGUUGGAAACCAUUGCGGAGGGAAUUGAGGCUUCCCCGUCGAUGGUUCGAGCUUAUGAUGCAUUGCUCAAGUCUUUUGUCAGUUUGAACAUGUUUGAUGAGGCUAUCGAUGUUUUGUUUCAAACAAAAAGGCGUGGGUUUGUGCCGCAUGUCUUUACUAGUAAUUUUUUAAUGAACCGCUUGAUUGAGCAUGGUAAAGUGGAUAUGGCUGUGGCUAUAUACAAGCAGUUGAAACGGAUUGGUUUGAGCCCUAAUGAUUACACCUACGCAAUUGUCAUCAAGGGACUUUGCAAGAAAGGUAGCUUGGAAGAGGCUGUGGACGUGUUUCAGGAGAUGGAGAAAGCUGGGGUAACCCCUAGCGCCUUUGCCUACACAGCAUAUAUUGAAGGACUUUGCACCAAUCGUAAGUCGGAUUUAGGAUAUCAAGUGCUCCAAGCAUGCAAUGGGGCAAAUGUCCAUAUUGAUGUCUAUGCUUACAACACUGUCAUUCGUGGGUUCUGUGAUGAGAUUAAAUUUGAUGAAGCUGAAAGCAUCUUUCUUGAUAUGGAAAAGAGAGGGGUGGUCCCUGAUUCUUGUACAUAUGGUGCAAUAAUCUGUGGAUACUGCAAGAAUCGUUUUUUGUUAAAAGCUUUGACACUCCAUAAUGACAUGGUGUCGAAGGGUAUAAAAACAAAUUGUGUGAUUGUUAGUUUUAUUCUUCAGUGCAUGUGUAAGAUGGGCUUGCCUUCUGAAGCUGUGGAUUAUUUCUUAGAAUAUAAGAGCUUGGGGAUCUAUCUUGAUGAGGUUUCCUACAAUAUCGCUGUGGAUGCUUUGUGCAAGCUGGGGAAAGUGGACCAAGCCUUAGAAUUGCUUGAAGAGAUGAAGUGUAAGCAUAUGAUCUUAGAUAUUAUGCACUACACCACAUUGAUUAAAGGCUACUGUCUUCAGGGGAAUGUUGUUAAUGCUGUAAAUCUUUUGGAGGAAAUGAAGGAAAAAGGUCUAAAGCCAGACAAUACUACUUACAAUGUACUUGCUGCUGGGUUUUCUAGAAAUGGCUUGGGAGCUGAAGCACUUGACCUUUUGGAUUAUAUGGAGUCACAGGGUUUUAAACCAGACUCUGUUACACACAACAUGAUAAUUGAAAAUUUAUGUAUAGGAGGAAAAGUCAAACAAGCUGAAGCAUUUAUAAAGAGUUUGGAAUAUAAGAGCGUUGAUACCUAUUCUGCCAUGAUCAGUGGGUACUGUGAAGCCAAGGAUACAAGAAAAGCCUAUGAACUUCUUAUUAGGUUGGCAAAGGGAGGAACUUUAGUUAAAAAAGGUGUUUGCUUUAAAGUACUCAGUAACCUUUGUGUUGAAGGUGAUAAUGACAGAGCUAUUUUAUUGCUCGAGUCAAUGUUGGCCUUAAAUGUGGAACCUAGAAAAACUAUGUACAACAAAGUCAUAGCUUCUCUGUGCAAAGCUGGAGAGGUGAAAAAGGCCCAUUGGUUUUUUGAUACUUUAGUUGAGAGAGGAUUCGCUCCUGAUGUCAUUAACUACACAAUGUUGAUAAAUAGCUACUGCAGGGUGAAUUGUUUGCAGGAAGCCCAUGAUCUCUUCUAUGAUAUGAAAAGGAAAGGGAUUCAACCUGAUAUCAUCACUUACACAGUUUUGCUUGAUAGUUAUUCAAAAAGAAACCUAAGAAGGGUUCACUCCCCUCCAGGCGCAAGUGGAGAUAAGAAGGAAAGGAUGAAUGCUUUCACUCUUUGGACUGAGAUGAAGGAAAUGGAAAUAAGACCUGAUGUAAUUUGUUAUACUGUUUUGAUAGACAGACAGUGUAAAACAGACAACCUUCAGGAUGCUAUUGCACUCUUUGAUGAAAUGACUAACAGAGGAUUAGAACCUGAUACAGUGACAUACACAGCUCUUCUGUCUGGCUGUUGUAAUAGGGGAGAUGUGGAUAAGGCUGUAACCCUUGUUAAUGAGAUGUCUUCGAAGGGAAUACAGCCAGAUACCCGUACACUCUUGGUUCUACAACAUGGAAUCCUAAAAGCCAAGAAAGUGCAGUUUCGGAAGUAAGAAUGCUGUUUGAUUAUCAGUGCCUGGAUAGAUGCAUGAGCUGUGAAUCUAUGAAGCCCCUAAUGAUAACAAUUAUUCCACAGCUGGAGACAGGGAUAUGCAUACGCCAGACCCCACACUGUCAACUGCCUUGAGCACUGGGCCACUCGCCCCACCCCGAGCUGGAUAGGUAGAGAGUUUUGUUUGCAGGUCACCUGGAAGUCAAUCAUGCCUAGAUCGAGCAGCUUUUCUUGUUUCAUUUUGAUGGAUAACAUUUGAUUCCACCACUGAACGGGUUAUGCCUUGCUGAAAGUGACUUAGUGGUCAGGGAAACAGGGAUAUAUAACAUCUAUCCCUCCCAGCCCCAUUGGCAGGAGCCUUGUACACUGGGCCACCUUGCCUGCCCCUAGCUGGAGAAGAAGAAAGCUUUGUUGGCAGGUCACCUGGAAGUGAAUCAUGCGUAGGUCAACUUCUGCAUAAGCUUUGUGCAGCAAGUCCUAGGAUACAUGGAAUGCGCAAACCGUGGAGAAAGUUGCUACUUUUGCACUGCUUUUUGUCUUGCAUUAUGCUUUACCCAUUGGGUUGGCAACUUGCCUUGGAUAUGAAUAAAAAUGUCAUGAUAUGAAAGAAGAUGAGGAAUUGUGAUCACAGUCCCAUGGCAGGGCUUUAUUUUGUGACUGGUCACCAGACGAUGGUGAUGCCAAGCUGCCUAAUACUUGAAAUUUUGUAGAAGAGUAUUUAAGGUAUACCACCAUUCAUGGUCUACAAGUAGAAUCAAGAUUGAUGUAUUUUUAAUCUGCAAUUAAACUGAAAUUUGGAGAUAUCUCCUUUUAAAAACAGGUUAUACUAUAAAUAUCACAUACCUUGUUAUUGUGUUUUAUAAGCAUGGUGAUAUUUCCAAAUAAUAAA